AUGGUUCGGCAAUAUGUAAGAAAAAAGGCUGUUGAAGCAGUUAAAAGCAUAAGGUUGUCGGGAUAUGAAGCAUCAAAAGGUUUCCAAAUACCAAGAACGACAAUGAUGAACCAUGUCACUGGUCGAAGAGGACAAAAAUCUAAUAGCCUUGGUAGAGCAACCGCACUUCAUGCAGAAGUGGAAGAAAAAUUAGCCAAUUCUUUGCACGUUAUGGAAAAGAAUGGCUUGGGACUAUCGCGUUAG